CACCAGCUCCAGAAGUAGCUCCCGAAGCUGGUCCACCGGCACCUUAUCCAGGUGAUUUCUUGUCUAAUUCAAACAGUUUGAUUUUCGGUGGGAGAUUUACAUCUUAAUUUUUGAAUAAAUAUUUGUUUUUGCAGCGCCUCCCCCAGUAAUAAUUUUUACUUCAUUUUGUUCCUCCCAGAGUUGCCUCCAUGGCAUCCAUGGAAUCAACCUCCAGCGCCUCUACACCCAGGUACAUUUUCAACUCAAUUCAAAAUUUUUGCAUAUUUAUCCCAAUUAAAAACAAUGCCUCCAAAAUAAGGUUAAUGAUAAUGAAAAUAGAAAACGUGUAA